CGCCCGCAGAGCACCAGGCAGGGCCGGGGGACAGCGCGACCCGCCGCCGCCGCCCGCCCAACCGACGCGCCGGCCGCCGCCGCCCGUCGCUCGCCUGGGGGCUUUCCCGCCCUCCUCGCCGAGACAGUCGAGGGCUGCCGGAGGAUAUUAGCCGCUGGGUGCCCGGCGCUGCCCGCCGUGCCCUCGGGACUGCUCCGGCCCGCUCUGCCCGGAGGUUGGCUUGGAGGCAGAUCUCUGCCAUGGGGCCAGCGGCUGUUCUCUUCCUCUUCCUCACGCUCAGUGUCUCUGAGGCCAAGCGGACUGCAGAGUCAAGGGGAGAUGAUAACAGCGUGUUCGAUCUCUUUGAGCUCAUCGGCUUUAUUCGCAAGGGAGCUGGGCGCCGGGCACCCGGGGUGCACCUGGUGAAGGGACCAGAGUCCUCCAGCCCUGCUUACCGCAUUGAAGAUGCCAGUCGCAUCCCAGCUGUCCCUGAUGACAAGUUCCAAGAUUUACUAGAUGCUAUCCAUGCUGAGAAGGGCUUCAUCCUUCUGGCCACUCUCCGGCAAGCCAAGAAGAGUAGAGGCACACUGCUGGCUGUGGAACAGAAAGAUGGCUCUGGUCAUGUCCUCAGUUUAGUAUCCAAUGGCAAGGCAGGCACCCUGGACCUGAGCCUUUCUGUUGAUGGCAAGCAACAACUCGUGUCAGUAGAGGAUGCCUUGCUAGCUACAGGACAUUGGAAGAAUAUCACCCUGUUUGUGCAGGAGGACCGGGCUCAGCUCUAUGUGGGGUGUGAGAAGAUGGAAAAUGCUGAACUUGACAUCCCCAUCCAGAACAUCUUCACUAGGGAUCUGGCCAGCAGUGCCAGGCUCCGUAUUGCCAAAGGGGGAGUCAACGACAACUUCCAGGGCCUGCUGCAGAAUGUGCGAUUUGUGUUUGGAACAACUCUGGAAACUAUCCUGAGGAACAAGGGCUGCUCCAGCUCCACUAGUGCGAUCAUUACACUGGACAAUCCCAUCAAUGGUUCCAGCCCAGCUAUCCGCACUAAUUACAUUGGCCAUAAAACAAAGGACAUCCAAGCAGUCUGUGGUUUUUCUUGUGAUGAACUAACAAACAUGUUUGUGGAACUGCAAGGGCUACGAUCCAUGGUUACAACACUUCAAGACAGAGUGCGCAAAGUGACUGAAGAAAAUGAACUGAUUGCUAAAGUGGUCCAGAUCACUCCUGGAGUAUGCAUUCAUAAUGGAGUCUUCCACAAAAAUAAAGAAGAGUGGACUGUUGACAGCUGCACUGAAUGUACUUGCCAGAAUUCUGCCACUAUAUGCCAGAAAGUGUCAUGCCCUCUAAUGCCUUGUUCCAAUGCCACUGUUCCUGAUGGGGAGUGCUGCCCUCGAUGCUGGCCUAGUGACUAUGCUGAUGAUGGAUGGUCUCCUUGGUCCGAAUGGACAUCAUGUUCUGUGACCUGUGGGAAUGGGAUUCAACAGAGAGGGCGCUCCUGUGACAGUCUCAAUAACCGCUGUGAAGGGUCUUCUGUACAAACUCGAACUUGCCACCUUCAGGAGUGCGAUAAGAGGUUUAAACAGGAUGGUGGCUGGAGCCACUGGUCACCAUGGUCAUCAUGUUCUGUCACUUGUGGCAUGGGCGUGAUCACUAGAAUUCGUCUCUGCAACUCUCCAGUACCACAGCUGAAUGGCAAACCUUGUGAGGGUGAAGCAAGAGAAACCAAAUCCUGCCAGAAAGAUCCUUGCCCAAUUAAUGGCAACUGGGGACCAUGGUCUCCAUGGGAUGCUUGCACAGUCACAUGUGGGGGAGGACUUCAAAAACGUAGUCGUCUCUGCAAUAAUCCUGAGCCUCAGUAUGGUGGGAAGACUUGCGUAGGUGAAGCUAAAGGGACUCAGGUCUGCAACAAACAGGACUGUCCAGUUGAUGGGUGUCUGUCUAAUCCCUGCUUUGCGGGUACAACAUGUACCAGCUCCCCUGAUGGCUCCUGGAAGUGUGGUGCCUGUCCUGCUGGCUACCAUGGUGAUGGUGUCCACUGCCAAGAUAUUGAUGAGUGCAAGGAGGUUCCUGAUGCCUGCUUUGUCUUCAAUGGAGUGCACAGGUGUGAGAAUACUGAACCUGGGUACAAUUGUCUGCCUUGUCCACCGCGUUUCACUGGGACGCAGCCAUUUGGCCGCAGUGUUGAGGAUGCCAUGGCUAACAAACAGGUCUGCAAGCCACGUAAUCCAUGCACAGAUGGAACACAUGAUUGCAACAAGAAUGCCAAAUGCAAUUACCUUGGCCACUUCAGUGACCCUAUGUAUCGCUGUGAAUGUAAACCAGGCUAUGCCGGCAAUGGCAUAAUCUGUGGAGAAGAUACUGACUUGGAUGGAUGGCCAAACGAGAACCUUGUCUGCGUUGCCAAUGCCACUUACCACUGUAAAAAAGACAACUGUCCCAAUCUGCCAAACUCCGGGCAGGAAGACUACGAUAAGGAUGGGAUUGGUGAUGCCUGUGACAAUGAUGAUGAUAAUGAUAGUAUUCCUGAUGACCGGGACAACUGUCCAUUCAUCUACAACCCGCAGCAGUAUGACUAUGACAGGGAUGACGUUGGUGACCGCUGUGAUAACUGUCCCUACAAUCACAACCCUGAUCAGAUUGACACCGACAACAAUGGAGAAGGAGAUGCCUGUGCAGUGGAUAUUGAUGGAGAUGGUGUCCUUAAUGAAGUGGACAACUGCCAGUAUGUCUACAAUGUGGACCAGAGGGAUACAGACUUGGAUGGUGCUGGAGAUCAGUGUGACAACUGUCCACUGGAACACAAUCCUGACCAGGACGAUACUGACUCUGACCGCAUAGGUGAUGAAUGUGACAACAACCAGGACAUAGAUGAAGAUGGUCAUCAAAAUAACCUUGACAACUGCCCCUAUGUGCCCAACGCUAAUCAAGCUGACCAUGACAAGGAUGGCAAAGGUGAUGCCUGUGACCACGAUGAUGACAAUGAUGGUAUCCCUGAUGACAAAGAUAACUGCAGACUGGUUGCCAACCCAGAUCAAGCUGAUUCUGAUGGUGAUGGACGUGGAGAUGCUUGCAAAGAUGACUUUGACCAAGACAGUGUGCCAGACAUCGAUGAUAUCUGCCCUGAAAAUGUGGACAUUAGUGAGACCGACUUCCGACGAUUUCAGAUGAUUCCCCUAGAUCCCAAGGGAACAUCCCAAAAUGAUCCCAACUGGGUUGUUCGUCACCAGGGUAAAGAACUGGUUCAGACAGUCAACUGUGAUCCUGGACUUGCAGUGGGUUUUGAUGAAUUCAAUGCUGUGGACUUCAGUGGCACAUUCUUCAUCAACACAGAAAGGGAUGAUGACUAUGCCGGCUUUGUAUUUGGCUACCAAUCUAGCAGUCGCUUCUACGUUGUCAUGUGGAAGCAGAUCACCCAGUCUUACUGGGACUCCACACCAACCAAAGCUCAAGGCUACUCAGGUCUCUCCAUCAAAGUUGUGAAUUCCACCACAGGUCCAGGAGAACAUCUUCGUAAUGCUCUGUGGCACACAGGAAACACUCCUGGCCAGGUGAGAACUUUGUGGCAUGACCCUCGUCAUAUAGGGUGGAAAGACUUCACAGCAUACAGAUGGCGUCUUAGCCAUAGACCAAAGACUGGCUACAUCAGAGUUGUAAUGUAUGAAGGGAAGAAAAUCAUGGCAGACUCGGGACCAAUCUAUGAUAAAACCUAUGCUGGUGGUCGGCUAGGAUUAUUUGUCUUCUCUCAAGAAAUGGUGUUCUUCUCAGAUCUUAAAUAUGAAUGCAGAGACCCAUAAUCACAAGGUUAUUGGAUCCAGAGACUGUUUAAAAAUGCUGAUAUUGCACCUUCUGAAAUGUUUAGCCUUACAAAUCCUGGGACCAUUAUAUUAUUCCUUCCUUUCUUCUUUCUGCAUAAAUGUGGACUCAAAACACAUGACCUGCCUCAAGAGAAUGCUUUUGAGAGAAUGAAAGUGAGAACAUACUUGGUAUCUGACCUCUGUUGGAAUGGAAGGAAACAAAUGUCUCUUGCAAAUGAGAAUUGUCUUCAUUGAACAAGCACACUUCUUUCAGUAGGAAAGACAUUUGUUUUGCUGUUUAUCACAGUGCGGUGUCACUGCCUCUCUAACUGGAGGUCCCAUGGAGUAGCAUUUUGUAAAAAGAACAUCUCUGGAUGUGCUGUGGACUACUUAAACUAAAGACCUUUCAUUGUGUGGGGAGAAGAGUUUUUUUUUUUUUUGGGUGGGAGGGUGAAUUUUAACCCUUCUUUAAGGGAAGGGGGGGAAACAAUUCUUUAAUGGGGUUUAUGCUAUCUUGGUUUACAUCUAUUUAACUUGGAGAAAUGUUUAUCCUCUUAUUUUUCACAUCUUUCAGAUGAAAAUGCAGGCCUUGACUUUUGGGGGGCAGGGAUAGUGAGCUGCUCUAUUAUACAGGACAAAACAGACAUAGUAAAACUGACUUCCAUGGUGGGAGGGGGAAACAGGAUAAAAAUUGGCACACUGGAUCACACUAGCUUUGGGAGAACUAGGAUUCACCAUUAGAUUCUGUCUUUGCCGGGUUGGAUGCAGAUCGAUCUUACCAUAUAUGCAAGAAAACACUUAAAGGUGCCAGAGUGCACCACCAUCUCAACUAGCACUGUGCUGUCCUUCAGGGAGCCAGCAUGUGCUUCAUAUUUUAUGGUUAAAAAGGCACAAAAAACAAUAGCAAUGAAAAACAUUCCUUUUCUACAUGCCACAGAUGCUUUAAACCCCUCAUUUCUUGGGGAGGGGAAGGGGCCUGUAGAUAAAAUACUUAAAUUGUAAAAAUAUUUAUUUUUACUUAUCUUUGUUAUAAUGAUUGAGGGAUUAUUGAUUAAAACAAAGAAAUGCGUCAAGACUAUCCACCUAAUCAUUGUUACAAGUCUUCAUGACUAAGAUUGUAAAUACAGAUUAUUUAUUAACUCUGUUCUAUACUGAAACUAGAGUGGUUUUUUUAGUUGACAAAAAUCUUGUUUGGACCAGAUAGUGGUGGUCUUUGUUACAAAGAGCAAUUUUCCCAUAAAGGAUUUGAGGCACAGGGAAAAGUGGCAGGGUGGGGAAUGGAAUGUUUGUUUUUCUCAGUCUGAGCUCAGUGUUGGCUUUUCCUUUCUUUGUGCAAAGCAGUUGGUAGCCUGGCAGGCAACUGUUCUGCAGUGUUAAAACUCAAGUCCUCUUAGAGCGUAGCGGUUCCUGUCUCUCAACCAUAGUAUUAGAGAUGAGGGAAUACCUUUUGUGUUCUUAGCAGUUAGUGCUGUGAAAUGUCUGCAGUGCUUUACUACUGGUCACUGUGCCUGUCACAAAAACAGAAUAUCUGCCCUGAGGAGGCUGCAGAAAGAGGCAUAAUGACCACAAUCAAUAUCCAUUCAAAUUUGCUAUUUGUGCCACUGCAUGCUACACAUUGUAACUAACAGUGUGCAGCUACAAAAGAAUGAAUUCUUCACAGACUAGACAGGAUUUCAGGAGCUCCUUGUAGAAGAGGGAGAGGGCUUGAUGUACAUUAACAGAUGACUGUUUCCCUAAUAGAAGGGGCAGCAUCCUUAUACCUACAAUAUUUCCUCCAAAAAGGAAAAGAAAUGAACACAGUGAAAGUUUUACGUACAAAUAUUACCUCAUUGUUGUGUGACUGAGAAAAACCUUAGGAUCAAGCAGAGUUCAAAUGUCUAACAAACUUUAAAGCUACUGUAGUACUAAAAAGUUAAUGCUGUACAUAGUCAAAAAAUUCUUUGCAAAAAAGUGUAUUCCCAGUAAGGAAAUGGCAUUGAAAAAAAAAUGCCAAAUACAAUUUCUAAUGUUGUGUUAUAUUUUUUUCUGUCAUCUUGUAUACCAUUGCUUGUAUUUUUAUAAAUUAUUUUUCUUGUUGCUAUUGUUAUAGUUAAUCAUGUAAUGGUGUAGAUACGCUAUUUAAAUAAUUUAUCAUGAAAUGCUACCUGUAGAGUUAGUAUUUCUAUUUUUAUAAAAUGUUUGCACACUGAAGAUUUUUUGCUUCCCUCUUCCCCAUGUUUUUGCUCGCAUAAUUUUCUAAGAAUAUGCUUUUUUGUAAACAUUUUUAACCAUUUUCCAUUUUAAAGCUGUGUAAGUUGUACAAUAAAGCUUCUUACAUACAAAGAACAAUAAACCACCAUGGACAUUUAUCUUUA